ACACUCAGCAUGGAGUUGGGAAUAACUCACACAGUGACUGGUUCCCGCUUCACUAAAGCUCACUUUGGGCUUCUCACACGUGUCUUUGCCUGGAGUGAGCGGGAACCGUGACUGCGUUUCUCAUGCCCAGCCUGCCCUCCUUCCCAUCAGAGAGCAGGGACUGCACACAGAGAGGCAUUUAGGCUACGCCUUCUGUCUUUUGGGGGAGAGUGCCAAAAACCAGCUCCCAAAGAGCUGUGCACGGACACAGAGGAGGGGGGAUGCAAGAAGGACUCCGGCAGCAGUGAGGAGGAUCCGUGUCCGCAAGCUGCAAAGGGGAGACAAUGCCCUUCCUUCAAAGCUGGCUUGUCUUUUGGUUUCCAGGUUUCAGCUCGCUGUGCAAGGCAGCGUGGAGGCCCAGGCUGCCCCCGCCGGCUGCCCACAGGAGAAGGAGCAGGAGCUGGAAGAAGAGCUUGGGGCCGUCAGGAGCAGCAAAGAGAGGCGUCCUGGCAAGCUCCUGCCGCACCGCAAGGAGCUUUCUCUCCCCGUGCUGCCAAAGUGCGGGGAAGGCGCGAGGCGGCAAGGCAUGGAGAGCAAGCCUGCUGCCAGGACCCCUGUGAACCAGACGGCCCCCAUCCCGGGCACCUCCCCGGGGAAGCAGGUUGGCGUGCAAUACCUCCCGCACCCUCCCGCCGGACCUCGGCGUGGCCGUGCCGGCGCCACUCCCAGGGGUGCAGCACAGGAUGCAGCCUGCCCUCCCACACAGAGGUUUGGAAGAGCUGCCCACGUCUCCCUCUUGAAAGAGGAGCAGAGGCAGCACCAAGCAUCGUGGGAGGAACAGCAGGCCGCACUGGAGAAAGAGGCCCGGCGUCAGGCCCAGAUCACACUAGUGGAGCUGCAAUACGCCCUCGAGCAGCGUCGUCGCCCAGACACUGACAUGCCGGGGAGGCCCCCCCAACGGCAAGCGUCCGCGCAAGCAAAGCAGAAUGUGCAGCUUCUGACUUCCUACAAAGUUCUUCGGGACAGGUGGAAGGAAAGGGUGGAACGAAACCAACAGAGGCUGAUGGUGGAGGAGGAGCGGCGCCGCGCUUUGGUGAUGCGCCACCUCCAGAAGAGAGAGCAGCAGGACCGUGUGCCGGGCAGUUACCACCAAGAUGGCUUUUAUGCGUGGAAAUAAAGGGCCUUUCCGA